AUCUAAUCCGCCUCUUUCUCUCUCCUCGCUCUUCUCUUUUAUAGCCCCGUCGCGGCGAGGCCGAGCAGCAUUUUUGACUCGCCGUGCGAGAAUCCCUCGCCGUCCCGCGACAUUCCCACCCCCCUCUCUCUCUCCGUCCGCCUCUUUACGGUGAUAAGAACACCUCUCUUCUCGCCUCCGCUUGCGGCGCGCUCGGCUUCGUUCUCGCCCUCCGCCACCUCCUUUGCGUGGGGGACCAGCCGGAUAGCUGGUUGUGGCUGCUGUCCGUACGGUCGAAGCUGUCACGACUACUUCUUCUCGUCCUCAGGCGGCAGGUUUUCGCCCACCAAACCGGCUCGCUAUAACUCUCCGGGAGGUGGGGAUUGUUGCAAGUGUUGGAAGGGAAUGGCGACGGAGUGGUCGGACGGCGGUGAGGAGUUCUGGCUGCCGGAUGAGUUUCUUGAUGACGACUUCUUCUCCGAGGAGGAGAAGGCGGCGGUGGCCGCGAGGAGCGAGAGCGAUGAGGAGGAUUGCUUGGCCGGCCUGUCGCGCCGCCUUGCUGGGCUUCUCGGAGACGACGACGAGCGCCGCCCUCCUCCCAAGGCGGAGGUGACGGUUGGUUCGCCGCAGUCGACGCUGUGCGGGCUGCCCAAGUCUGGCCAGGAGAGUCCCAACGGCGGGGCGUCUCAGGUGAGCUCGCCGCCGUCGUCGCCGCUGGAGCAGAAGCCGGCCGACCCGUGGGACAUGCUCUACGAGGCGGCGGGUCAGGUGGCCCGGAUGCGUGUUGCCAACAGUAUCCCGGUGCCGAACAAUCCAUACGGUUUCCCCGCCAACGGUGGCUUCGCCGCUCCUGCCCGCAAGGCUUCGCCGCCGCCUCCCGUACCUCCACCGGCCACGGCAACCAAGGUCCCGCCCGGCGCCUACUACCAUCCGCUCGCCCACUUGCUUACCCAGCGGCAGAUUCAAGCUGCACAGUUUCAUCUCCUCAAGCAGCAGCAGCUUCUGAAGUUGCAGAGGGAUCAGCAUCUCGCCGCGGCCGCCGCGUGGGGCGCGCGCCAGAACGCAGCAGCGAAAACCGCCGGCUGCGGAGUCACCGCGCCUAUUGACAUGAGCCCGGCCGCGUGGCCUCCCUUGCAGAAGCAGCAGCACCACGCGCCGGCACCCGCGCCCGGCGGCAUGCGCGCCGUCUUCCUCGCCCCGCCCGGUGCCAAGCGCGAGCGCAACGGCACAGGCGUCUUCCUGCCCCGGCCAGCCGGCUCCCCGGCUGAGCCCAAGAAAAAGACAGGCUGCUCGACUGUUCUUGUCCCCGCCCGUGUCGUGCAAGCUCUCAAUCUCAACCUCGACGACCUCGGCGCCCAGCCUCGCUACCCCGGUGGAUUCGUUCUUGAUCACGAUGCCUUGAUUAGUCGAAGCAACGCCAUGCUCGCGAGUCAGAAGCGGCGUGCUGGUGCCCCCGUGCCAUCGCCGGCGCCGACGCUCUGCCACAGUUCGUGAGCUCUUUGUCGGCUGUACAAGACGGAGGAUGAUCCCACCAAGAUUCCGGCGGCCCCCUUCAUCUGGCGUUGCGUCAAGCUUAAUGUUAUUAAUUAAAGUUAGUAAUAAUUCUUCGUCUGUUAGGUUGUAGUAGUAGCCAAAGAGGAAGUAGGAGGCAGUAGCAGCAUCAGCGUUAGGUUUGUUUGUUUGAUUGGUGAUAUAUUGGUUUCUUUGGUGUGGACGGAAAGCGGCGGAGAUGGAGACGACGAACAGAGAAGAAAUCCAUGUCUUCAGUUUGGUGGUUUGGCAGAGUGGUUUGGAAGGAAUAAUAAUAAGUGGUUCUUUUGGGGAAUGAGAAAGAAAUGUUAGCGGCCUGCAGCUUGCAAAGAAAGAAGUGACAAGGUAUCAAAGUGGUUUAUGGAUGGGUCAUCUUGGGGAGCCAAAAAUAAACCCAUUUCUACAUCCGUGGCUUUGCUUGCUUUGGGUGCUUGCCAAGAAGUGAAGUCCCAGCGCACACCCAGCUAAGGUCUCUCUCCUCUCCCUCCUUUUUGCAGUCUUUUACUUGCAAAAGAAGCCUUGCCGUGGGCUCCAUGAAUAAGGGCAUUCGUUUCUGAAGAAAAAAAGAAGAAACUACGGAUUUAUUGCCAUUUUUCUUGUACUAGCUUCUAGUUAGGUGCCCUACCCUUUUGUUUUGGUUGGGCGCAAUAAGAUUCUUAUUAGGGGUGCAGUCGUUCGGUGCUUAGCAGCAGCAGCAAAGUUGGGCUGGGUGUUGUUAAUCAACAGUUGUACUUGUACCAUCAAACCUUAAUAUAUGAAUGAUGGCGAGUAUUUUAUUGCUUAAUA